AUGUUUUUCUUUGACUUGUGCACGCGCCCGUUGUGCUGUCCCGAUCGCCCGCCCUCCCCCCCCCUCGUCCCUCUUUGUGGCGCAAUGGUUUCGCGCGUGACUCCCUUCAUUGUCUUCCUCAAUAUUAUCCACUCUCCCUCCCUCUCGCAUGACGGCGACGCGGCACACACGCAGGCACGCCCCGCCACGCGCGUGCGCAUACACGUCAACGAGUACGAACUUAAAGAGACACACCCGCACCCCGCCCACAAGCACCUUAGAGUACUGCGCGCUCGCCACUCAACGCUCGUGUACUGUGCAACCAUGGCACAGCCGUCCGGUGACGAAGCAAUCACUAGCAAGAGUUUCUCGGGCACGGCCAAGGGAGCCACGCCACACGAGACCAUCUCCAUCGCGUUUACGCACUCGCAGUACGCCACGCCGUGCCAUGAUCACACGGUCCCCGGCAGCACGCCAGGUCACCGGCUGCGUCGACUGGGGCGGCGGCAUCAGCCCGCCGACAUCCUGCGCAACCACCUGAGCCACGCGCUGGUGGCGCACAGCAGCGUCGUCACAACGGCGAAGAGUAGCGGCGGCUACUAUCACUACUGUUGCAGCGAUCCCUGGGAGGGCAAUGCCGAUCACCCGGCACCGCUGGGCGGCAACUACGUGCUACACACGAAGAACGGCGGCAAGCGGCACUUCGACGAGCCCACGGGCUUCCUCAGCGAGCCGGUGUGGCAUCCGUCGAAGCGCGUGAUUCUGCCGCCGCAGGAGCACGAGCGGCCGCCAGCGACGCAGCGGCGCGGGCGCGGUGUGUACAACACAACCGACGGCUGGAUCCACCCAGACGCCGAGGAAGCGCAGGCACGGCGCGAGGAGGAGGCAGUGCGGCAGCACUCACGCGGUGGCAAGGCGCAGGUGGCAAGGCCACCGGAUCACACGCUGGAGGAGCUGAGCAUGUGGGUCAGGACGGGAAAAGGUAGUGGCGUCGGUGCUGCCGGGCCAUCUUCCGAAGCGGAAGAGGCAGCGGCCACGGCGGCAGCUAACGGGCGCGAAGGGAAGCGGCACCUGCUUCCCCACCACAAGACGAACACGCCCAUGGUUUCAGCGGUAGCACCGCUCACAGGGCCGCCCCCGCCGAAAGUCCUCGCCGACUACAAUGACAGCCAGGUGCUGCCCGCCAUCGGUCAGGGGGUGUCGAUGCAACGCUGCACGGCGGCGGAGGCAGACGCCUUAGCGCAGCGCCAACGCGAGAAGCGCGUGCAGCACUUGCUGCAGACCAUGAAGGCGGUGGCCGCCGAGUCAGAGACACGAGCAGCAGACAUCCAAGCGGUGCGAGAGUUGCCGAACUGGUAG